GCUGCUCUCUGUGUGACACAUUUCAAAGUCAAGGUGUGUGUGUGUGUGUCUGUGGGAGUGUGCGUGUGGCUGUGGGAGUGUGUGUGUGUGUGUGUGUGUGUGUGCCUUGCGAGGAGAAAUGGGGGUACUCGGAGAGGCGGUGCUGAUGCGGCCUAACCUGUUCUCCUGGCUGGCCUUAAGCUCGUAGGCAUUUAACAGGCAGGUCCCUCUCCUCCCGCCCGACAGAGCAGCAGAGAUCCACUGAGGAGGACACAUCUCUCCCCGGGCUUUUCCUCGGGCGUUCGGCAACAGCAACUCGGGAGCUUUGCAGUGGUUUUGAGCUUCCAUGGUUUCUUGUACUCUAAUGUCAAUUCCAUGAUAUGUGGAUGCAAACACCCACAAAAUGAUGAGCGGGAACAUAAAGGGUCCAAGUUUUUCGGAAAGCGUGCUCCUAGAUGACUCGGAGAAAGGAGUCAUCAUCACAGGAAUCACAGAUGAAUCAAUCGCGGCAAAGAAUGGUCUGCAAGCAGGGGAUGAGAUUGUUGCAGCCACUAUACACCUAGACCACCUCAGCAAAAAGGAAGUGCUUGACAUCCUGAGGGUCUUGGAGCCGUAUGAUGACAACAUGAAGGUCCUGACAAAGAAGGAUCUGAGCGCCAGUGCUGGCCUCGGCUCCUUGGGAUUAGGUCUCAAAGACAAUGCAGAGAUGCUGAAUCUAAACAAGAAUCUUUCCAUUGAUGGCCUGGGUGGAAAGCUAAACGCUACACCAGGGUUCGGGGGUGAAUUAAAUGGUCCCACGCUCAAUGGAGACCUUCCCAAUCUCGGUCUAAAUAAGCCCUCAGCUGAUGCUGGUGCCAAGUUCACAAUGCCCUACCAAGCACUGACUGGACCAGAUGUAAAAGGAGAUCUAGAUGGCACCCUCAAAGCACCCGAUAUCAGUGCCUCGUCACCCCAGCUCAACUCUCCCAGCGCUUCGCUUGAUGUUAACAAACCACAAAUCAAGAAAGGCAACUUAAAAUACAAGCCCCCAAAAUUCACAAUGCCAAACUUCCAUCUACCCCAGUUCAAUACAUCACAAGAUGUGUCUGGAGGCGUCAGUGGAAAUCUAGAGACACCAGACCUUAACCUGUCAGCCCCAAAGCUUGAUCUUAAAAGUCCAGAUUUGAAGCUGAAUGGUUCUGAUGUAAAUUUAGAAAUCCCAAAUGCUGACAUUGAGCAACCCUCAGGCAAAAUCAAAUGGCCCCAUCAAAAAUGGAAAGGUCCCAACAUUAAUGGGCCAGAUGCAAACUUAAAUGCUGACUUGUCUGGACCCGGUGGCAACCUCUCCACACCAAAGCUUCAUGGAGAACUAGGUGCACCAGAUCUUGACAUGAACCUGCCCAGGGCUGAGAUCAAAGGCCCUAAACUAGAUGCUCAAAGCCCAAAUCUUGACAUUGAUGCCCCAUUUGGUAAAAUCAACUGGCCUCAUUUGAAGUGGAAGAAACCACAUCUUCAUGGCCCAAAAGCUGAUAUUGACCUAGAUGCAAAUCUGAACACACCAGAUGUUGAUUUAUCUGCUCCAAAAGUGGAGGCUGGGAUAAAUGCCCCAGAUGUUGACUUCAAUGUGCCAAAGGCAAACCUUGAAGGCCUUGAUCUACAUGCAAAAACACCAACUUUUGAUGCAGAAGCACCAUCUGGUAAAAUCCACUGGCCUCAUAAGAAAUGGAAGAAGGCCAAACUUCAAAGAAAUGAAUUUGAUGCCGACCUAAACAUACCUGGUUUACAUGCCUCAACUCCAAAGAUUGACGGUGAUAUUAGUUUACCAAAUGCUGAGCUGAAUCUCCCAAACGCUGACCUUAAAGGGCCUGAUGUAGACUAUCAGGGCCCAGAUCUUGACAUUGAUGCUCCAUCAGGGAAAAUUAACUGGCCUCAUUUGAAGUGGAAAAAACCCAAACAUGAGAUCUCAUUACCAAAAAUUGAGGGUGAUAUUAAUGCACCAGAUGUUGAUUUACCCAAAGCCGAUGUCGAUUUUAAUGUGCCAGAUCCUGAAUGUGAGGUCCCAUCUGGCAAAAUCAAGUUCCCAACGCUCAAAAAGCCCAAGUUCCUGCUAUCUGGACCAAAGGGGAAAGUCCCAGAUGUUGACCUUCACGCUGAUGCUGAUUUGAAAACACCUGACCUAGAUAUUAAUGGUCCAGAUAUUGAAGGUCCAUCUGGAAAAUUCAAAUGGUUACAUUUGAAGAAACCCAAAUUUGGCACACUGAAGGGUCCAAAUGCUGACUUUGAUGCAGAUCUGAAGGCACCAGAUCUGGACCUCAAGAGUCCUGGAGUCGAUUUGAGUGCACCAGAUGUUAAUCUUUCCACACCAAACAUUGAUGGUGGGAUUAAUGCUCCAGGCCUAAAUUUGAGCAUGCCUAAAGCUGAUGUCAAUGGUCCAGAUCUUGACCUUGAUUCACCUGGUGGAAAGCUGAAUUUACCUUCAUUUAAACUACCAAAGUUCAAAGGGCCAAAAGUCAAGGGUCCUGAAUUUGAUGCUGAUUUAAAAGCACCAGACAUCGAUGCAAGCCUUGACUUACCUAGUGUGGAUGCACCAAAUGUAUCGUAUAAAGCACCAGGAAUUAAAGGGGGCCUUGAUGUACCAGAUCUCGACAUUAAUUUACCAAAAGCUGAUUUCAAAGGUCCUGGUGUAGACCUUCAAGCUCCAGAGGUUGAUGCCUCAGCUGGAAAAUUCAAAUGGUUAAAUUUAAAGAAACCUAAAUUUGGCACACUAAAGGGUCCAAAUGCUGAUUUUGAUGCAGAUCUGAAGGCACCAGAUGUAGACCUCAAAAGGCCUGAAGUGGAUUUGAGUGCACCAGGUGUUAAUCUUUCCGCACCAAACAUUGACGGUGGGAUUAAUGCUCCAGACUUAAACUUUAGCAUGCCCAAGGCUGAUGUCAAAGGUCCAGAUAUGGAUUUUAAUGGUCCAGAUCUUGACCUUGGUUCACCUGUUGGAAAGCUGAAUUUACCUUCAUUUAAACUACCAAAGUUCAAAGGGCCAAAAGUCAAGGGUCCUGAAUUGGAUGCUGAUUUAAAAGCACCAGACAUCGACGCAAGCCUUGACUUACCUAGUGUGGAUGCACCAAAUGUAUCUUAUAAAGCACCAGGAAUUAAAGGGGGCCUUGAUGCACCAGGUCUUGACAUUAAUUUACCAAAUGCUGAUUUCAAAGGUCCUGGUGUAGACCUUCAAGCUCCUGAGGUUGAUGCCUCAGCGGGAAAAUUCAAGCCAUCCAAAAUCAAAUGGCCAAAGUUUGGAUUAUCGGGGCCAAGGGUGGAAGGACCUGACCUUGAUGUUGAUGCUGACCUCAAGAGUCCAGAUCUUUCGCUGUCUAACGUAGAGGCAAAGCUACCGAUCCGAGCUAAUCUUGACAGUCCAGAUUUGAACCUGCUCAAAGCAGACCUGAAAGCGCCAGAUGUAGACCUUGGAACAGCUGAUGUUGAAGCUCCUGGAAAAAUACAAAUGCCUUCAUUUAAAAUGCCAAAAUUUGGAGCAACAAAGACUAAGUUACCUGAUGCAGAACUAAAGACUCCUGACGUCUCUGUUCCCAACAUUGACCUUCAAAUGCCAGGAGCUGAUUUCAAAGCACCUAACUUGAAUCUCUCUGCCCCCACAAUUAAAGGAGAUCUGGAUGCUGGUCACAAAACUAACUUUGGUUUACCAGGUUUAGAUCUUCCAAAAGCAGAUCUGCAGAUGCCUGAUCUCAACACGAAAGCACCCGAUCUCAGCUUUUCUUCACAAGAAAUUGAUGGAAACCUCUCAGCACCAAGAAUAGACUCCAAGUUGCCAGAAGCUAGACUGGAAGUACCUGAUGCCAGACUGAAAGCUCCAAAUGUGGAUAUCAACCUGCCCAAAGCAGACCUCACAGGACCUGAUGCACAGCUUAAUGCACCAGCUUUUGAUUCUCAUUUGGGUGACUUUAAAUUGCCUAAUUUCAAGUUUCCAAAAUUGAAUCUUUCGAAGUCAAGUGUUGAAGUUCCCAGUGUUGAUCCUUCAGUUAGGGCAGGAAUAGAGGCACCCAAGAUGAACAUAGGCAAUACUUCAGCAAAUGCCAACAUCUCUGCUCCUGCAAUAGACGUGCAUGCUCCAAAUUUAGGAACAAGCCUAAACACUGAAACUGAUGAGUCAGGUGAUGAGAUGGAGGUUCCUCUGUUCAAAACCCACAGACUACCAAGACACAGCAUGGAUGACUCUGUAGGAAUUGACCUCUUUAACUCAUCAAGAGCUGACACAGAGGAAAAAGACUAUGUCAUCAGCAGAGGGAUCCGCUUGCCUAUUGUAAAUGCAAAAUCAACAGUAGGAGAAAAGAUAAACAUUAUGGAGAGAUUGAAAAUGGCAAAGGAAAAACCAGCCUCAACUAAUGUCGAAGGGAAUGCUGACAUUGAUCUGAAGCUUCCUGCACCAAGUCUUGAUGUCAGUGCCGCUACAGGAGCAGAGGAUUCCUCUUUGGUAAGAGGAGGCACCUUUAAAGUAGAAAAGCCAGAGUCCUUGCUGGGACUUGUGGCCCCUGAAAUUUUGGCAUCAGAUGAAAAUGACAAAAUGUCAUUGAGCCUUUCCAAUAUGCUUGGCCUCAAUGUCAAGGAUUGAGAUGCUGACUGAUCAUCCUAUAGAUUAACCUGAUACAUAAAGCUUCAGUUCAGAAACAGUGUAAAUACAUACAAAUAUGUAAGUUAACAGUUUUGUUCACACCUAUCAGUUUUCUGCGGAUAACCCCUAAGCCAGCUACAGUAUCCUUCUUGUGUAAAAAUGUUGGGUUGCCAAAUGAAGGAACUUGUUUUUAUAAAGUAUGUGUAUAUUCCUGUUAUUUAUAUGACCUUUUUUUCUAACCAUUGUUGAUUUGGUAGUAUGUUACCUAUUAUUAUUCAAUAACUCCCUCAGUAUUGCAUGUGAUCAUGUUGAGCUGUUAAAGUUUCUGAGAAUUGCAUUUCUCUACCUUAAAAUUUUAAAAGAUAAGUCAAUUGUGAGAGUGAAAGUAUAAGUAAAAUGUUUUGUUCAAUAAAUAACCCAAUAUAUUAA